GGCGGGCGGCGCGGCGCGGGGGGCCAUGGCGCUGGCGCUGCUCCGCCGCUGCCUUCUGCUGGGCCCGCUGGGGCUGCGCCCGGCCGCCGGACAGGACGGGGACGGCUGUGGCCACACACUGCUGACUCCCCACAGCGGUACCCUCAGCUCCAAGAACUACCCGGGCACCUACCCCAACCACACAGCCUGUCGCUGGCACCUGAGUGCCCCCCCGGGCACCUCUCUCCUCCUCACCUUCGGGGACGUGGACCUGGAGCCCUCAGAGCGCUGUGCCCACAGCUCCCUGCUGCUCGCUGACCCCCAGGCUGGCACCGCCUACGGGCCCUACUGCAGGAAUGCCAGCCCUGCCACCCCUCUGCUGCUGACCAACUCCAGCACCAUGACUGUCCUGUUCAACAGCACCAGCCACCGCUCAGGACGGGGCCUCCUUCUCUCCUACGCCACUUCACAGCACCCAGACCUGGUCUCCUGCCUGGUUCGAGGCACCCACUACACGCAGGAGCACGUCAGUGUGUACUGCCCCGCGGGCUGCAAGGGCAUCGACGGGGACAUCUGGGGCAACCCAAGCCAGGGCUACCGGGAUACGUCGGUGCUGUGCAAGGCAGCUGUGCACGCCGGGGUGAUCGCGGACGAGCUGGGCGGGCAGGUCAGCCUGGCACGGGAGAAGGGCAUCACGCUCUAUGAGUCAGCCUUUGCCAACGGGCUCCACUCCAAAAGGGGAUCGCUCUCUGAGAAGCGCCUCAUAUUCCACAAAGCCUGUGGCGAUGCCCUGGAGGUGGCCGCCUUCAACGCCUCGUCGUGCUGGCACGAGGUGGAUGCACUGGGCCAGCCCCGAGCCUGGGGGGCUGAGCGGGCAGCGCUGGGCACUGCUGGGCACUCCUGGGCAGCUGAACCCGGCGCCGAGGCCGCCUGGCUGGAGCUGGACCUGGGCACCCGCAGGAAUGUCACAGGCAUCAUCACAAAAGGCUCCUCCAAGCAGCACGACUACUACGUGACAUCCUACAGCGUCUCCUCCAGCCGCGACGGCAAGAACUGGAGACCCUACAGAGGCAGCGGUGGCCAAGAGGACAAGGUCUUUGAAGGGAACACCGACAGCCAUGGGGAGGUUUCCAAUGCCUUCAUCCCUCCCGUCGUCGCUCGCUACGUCCGUGUCACCCCCCAGACGUGGCACCAGCGUGUGGCCCUGAAGGUGGCCCUGGUGGGCUGCCAGCCGGCACGGGCCCGGGCGCCCCGGCCCUAUGUGCCCAGCAGCCCCAGGGAGGUCCCGGUCCCCACCAGCCACCCGGCCAGUCGCAGUCCCAUCCCUGGUGUCGCCCUGGACCCAGAGAAGGCAGGCUCCACGCUGCUGGUGAUGCUGCUCAUUGGUGGCUUUGUGCUUCUCUGCUCCAGCCUCCUGCUGCUGGUUUUCCUCUGCCACAGGAAGAGAAAGUCAGCAUCAGAGCUGAACUGUGGGAGCACAAAAGGUCUCUGCUCAGGGUACCCCACACUGGAGCCGAGCCGGGUGUGCUCCCUGCAGAGCCUGUCGCCCCCCACCUCUGCUCUGGCCUCCUUCCCCACCACUGCUGCGCCCGGAGACCUCAGCCAGGCACAGUCACCAGAAUACGCCGAGCCUGACCUGGUGCAGGUGAGCCCCAGCAGCCAGACGGGCCCUUCCACCUUCAAACCGCUCCCGGACGAAGGCUACACGCUGCCGCUGGUCGUGACCCACUACGACGUGCCGGGCAAACACCACGAGUACGCGGAGCCGCUGCCUCCGGAGCCCGAAUACGCCACACCGUUCGGGGACCCCGAGCCCAGCGGCACCCGCCGCGGCCUCACGGCGCUGCCGGGCUGCCCCUCGCUGCGGUACGACGCGCCCGCGGGCCGGGCCCUCAGCCCCUCCGGGGACAGCGCCCGCUGCCCGCGGCCCUUGCAGCACGUUUAUCACGAAGCGCUGUGAGGCGGCGGCGAGCCCGCGGCUGUACGGACACCGCUAUUCAAUACACGUCUACCCCCCCGA